AUACGUCGCCUCUGACACAAUGGCAACAGGUGCGUGGACCGUCCUUCCUUAUAUCCUAUGUGUUGCCCUAACCCCGGGGCUGGCAGACUUCCCCUUCAGAAACCCCUCACUGCCCUGGAGUGACCGAGUGGAUGAUCUGGUCAGUCGUCUCUCCAUAGAGGAGAUCCAGUAUCAGAUGGCGAGGGGUGGAGCAGUUCAUGACGGUACUCUUCCUAUCCCCCGACUGGGUAUCAAGCCAUACUCUUGGAACACGGAAUGUCUGAGAGGUGACGUGGGGGCAGGCAACGCUACAGGAUUUCCCCAAGCUCUGGGUCUUGCUGCUUCGUUUAGCCCUUUGUUGGUGUUCCAAAUAGCAGAGGCGACUGCGGUAGAAGUCAGGGCAAAGUACAACAACUACAGUGAACAUGGCCUCCAAGCAAGCCAUAUGGGAGUAAGCUGUUUCAGUCCUGUCAUCAAUAUUGUCAGGGACCCCAGGUGGGGCAGAAAUCAGGAAACGUACGGCGAAGACCCUUUCCUGACCAGUAUUCUAGCAGUCAGCUUCAUCCAAGGACUACAGGGCAACAACACGCGCUAUGUGCGCGCAAACGCCGGAUGUAAACACUUUGCAGCCUAUGACGGACCAGAGAAUAUACCCAUUUCAAGGAAGAAGUUCGAUGCCAAGGAAAAGACGACAAGAGGAUACACGAGUGUAAGCGAACGUGAUCUUCGAACGACCUUCCUUCCUGCAUUCAGAGCCUGUGUCAAAGCUGGAACAUACAGUGUGAUGUGUAGUUAUAAUAGCGUGAAUGGCGUGCCCACGUGUGUCAGUAAACAGCUCCUGAACGACAUUCUGCGAGAGGAAUGGGGUUUCACAGGUUACGUCGUCAGUGACUCGGGAGCCAUAGAAAACAUUUACAAAGGCCACAAUUACUCCGAUAGCUACACAGACAUCGUUGCAGACUGUGUAAACGCUGGGUGCAACUUGGAAUUGUCGGGGAGAGACGAAAACCUAACAUACUUCUCAAUGGUCGAUGCAAUAAAUGAAGGCAAGCUUACAGAGGAAAAGGUCAGACAAAUGGUCAAACCCUUGUUCUAUACCCGAAUGAGGCUGGGCGAGUUUGAUCCCCCGGAAAUGAACCCAUAUUUCAAGCUUGACCUCUCUGUGAUUAAAAGCGAGGCUCACCAAAUGCUUGCAAUCGAUGCAGCUAUGAAGACCUUUGUAUUGCUGAAGAACGAAGGGAAUUUAUUACCACUGAAGAAAGACACUUUUAACAGGAUUGCUAUUGUUGGACCCAUGGCCAAUAAUCGACGUCUGAUAUUUGGAGACUAUGCACCUUCUACAUUCUACACCUUUGUACAAACGCCUCUGCAAGGACUGACUAAACUGGCGCAAUCUGUCAACCACGCAGCUGGGUGUGACGACACUUUCUGUAAACAUUACGACGCGGUGUCCAUCAAAAAGGCAGUCGCCAUGACAGAAGUUAUAUUUGUGUGUCUUGGAACUGGGUGGAGUCCGAGGGCAACGACCGCCACGACAUCAACCUCCCCGGAUAUCAACUGCAGCUGCUUCAAGACGUUGCUGCUAACAGAAAUGAGACCCCCGUAGUUCUCCUACUGUUCAAUGCCGGUGCACUGAAUAUGACAUGGGCUGAUCAAAGCUCCGACAUCGCCGCGAUCUUGGAAUGUUUCUACCCAGCACAGGCAACAGGGGAGGCAC